AUGAGCUUCCAAGAUCUCCAGAAUUCCGGCAAGCGAUCUUCCCGGUCAGCUCCUCCUCCGUCGCAAGCGGUGGCAGCCUCUAUAUUCCAGAUCAACACCGCCGUUGCCGGUUUCCGUCGACUUGUGGAUUCCAUCGGAACCUCCAAGGACACUCCUGAUAACCGUCUCAACCUGAACAACACAAGACAAAGAAUAUUGAGUUUAGUGAAGGAGACCUCUGCAAAGCUCAAAGCUCUCAGUGAAUUUGACCGUGGCAUUAACGUCGAUCCAAGUAAGAAAAUAGAAGAUGCCAAGCUUGCUAGAGAUUUUCAAACUGUCUUGCAAGAGUUCCAAAAGGUGCAGCAGCUUGCCUCUGAGCGAGAGUCGGCAUUCUCUCCUUCUGCUCCUCCAUCUUAUGUGCCAGCAAUGCAUAGCUCUGGUCAAUAUGCAGCACCCAGUGCUGAACAGGAGAACCAGCCGUUUCUUAUGGAACAGAAAAGGCAGGAGGUCCUUCUAUUAGGAAACGAAAUUGCCUUCAACGAGGCUAUAAUUGAGGAAAGAGAUCAGGGAAUCAGGGAGAUACAGGAUCAAAUUGGUGAAGCAAGUGAAAUAUUUAAAGAUCUUGCUGUUCUAGUACAUGACCAGGGUGUGGUUAUCGAUGACAUUCAUUCAAAUAUCGAUGCAUCUACUGCCGCAACAACCCAAGCUAGAGUGCAGCUCUCAAAGGCGUCCAAAAGUGGAAAAUCUAAAUCUUCAUGGGUGAGUGGAAACUAUACUAGCAAGCUUCAAGCUGAACAGGGCAGUUUGCUGGUGGGUGUUGGCACUUGUCGUGGUGGUGCUGGUAAUAUUACUCCUCGUCCUAAUUUUAUAGCUGCAAGUACACCUGUGGCUUUGGCGUGUUUGUUUCAAAAAUGGUGGCGGUUGGAGUUUAAGCAGCAGUUGAAUUAG